AUCUGAGCAGUUGCAAACCUAUACGCUAAACAUUACUACUUUUGAUUUCAAGGAAUUUUCUUUAAAAAAAAAUGGAUGGAUUCAUAAAGAUGGAAAGACAAAAGUUUCCAUUCACCAUUGAGAACAUUUUGAACAAAUAUCCAAGCAGCAAUGGAAAAAAACACGCAGGCGAACCAGAUGAUCUCGGACUGGAGGAGAAGACAUGUUCUGAACCUGUUCAUCACACCUGCUUGUGCUGCUGUUUCUGCUCCCACUGCGCCAGCAUGUUCCACUCUGACCUCAUCCAUGAAGCACAUCAGUAUGGAUGGAGCUCUGCAACCAUGAUGUCAGAGCCGGCCAAGCUGGGGGAGGCUUACAGAGAGGAGCAGCAGCAGCAUAAGGGAGGUCAGGUACAGAGGCGAACCAGGCGUCACCGUACGAUCUUCACAGAGGAACAGCUGGAUGCACUGGAGGAGCUCUUCCUGCAGAACCAGUAUCCAGAUGUGAACACAAGAGAGAAACUUGCUCAACAAACUCACUUGAGAGAAGAAAGAGUAGAAGUUUGGUUUAAAAACCGAAGAGCUAAAUGGAGGCGUCAGAAAAGACUUUCAUUUGUUGUCGGAAACACUAAGGACUAAUGUUUUUCAUACAGAUCAUACAAUAAGGAACUUUUUUAGAGAAUAAUGCAAUAUUUAUGGGUCAUAAUUUAGCCAAAUAGCAAAGAUUAUGAAUAAAAUGUAUACAAAUGUUGUAAGUUUGAUUCCAGCUUCCUCUUGUCAGUUCUUCCUAUGCCCCUGGGCAAGGCACUUAAUCGUGUACCAAUCUGCGUAGCGGUGUAUGAAGGUGUGUGCUUCUGUGAAAGGCAUGGGGUGAAUGGGGCUAUAAUGUAAAGCGCUUUAAGUAGUCUUAUGACCAGAAAAGCACUAUAUAAAUUCAGCCAAUUUAACAUCCGUCUGCAUCAGUUUCAUCAAGUCAAACUGCAUGUAGAGACUAGCACUAUAAGUUAAUCCUUUGGUUUUUGAAACUUAAUACAUCAAAUAUGCUUUCUUGUGUAUAGUCCUUAAUAAAAAUUUAUUUUUUA